UCUGUCCCCCACUGUCCCUCUCUGUCCCCACUGAGCUCUGACCCCACUGUCUCUGUCCCUACAGGUGAGGAGUGGAAGACGGCCCGUCAACGUGGUUCCUCUGUACAGCACAUCCUGCAGCCCAUGGACUUCAGCCUCCAGCUGGCCAAAUGCAUGGUGGAGAAGGACACUAGGAUGUCCAGAUUCAAGGUGUCUGGAGAACUGCCUCUCCUCCAUGUGAAGAUCUCAGACCAGAAGAUCCAGGGAGUGUUGGACCUGGUCAACAGCAUCCCCCUGCCCCAGAGUGAUUCCACCCCUUCCACCCCCACCCAGAAGAUGCUGUGUUUGUCUGAGGCCAGACCCAACGUCCUGGGUUUACAGUCCACCGUCCUGCUGGAUGCAUUAGAGACAGACUCAGAUGGAGAGUCAUAUUAUAUGUCCGUGGAUGAGGAGCACCAACCCUCCGUCAUAGAGGAGCUGACUGACGUACACUUCAAGUUUGAAGUCAAAGCGGUGCUAUUGGAGUUGACGCGUCAGGCUGACCAGGAGAACACGCUGUUAGCCCUCAGUGUGUCUCAGCUGGGAGCAGAGGGCAAGAUGAGAACCUAUGACCUCACCAUCACCUCCUACCUCCGUAAAGUAGGCCUGGACUACUGUGAGAUACGAGACUCCAAUAACCAGCCUCUGCACCUGAUCAGCUCCUCAGACAAGCACGGCUCAGACCUGCUCAAAGUGGAGUACACCAAAGCUGAUAUCAACGGGCCUAAUUUCCAGACCACGUUUGACAACACUGAGCAAAACCUGAAGGUGGAGUUGUCAUCUCUAGACUUUCUCCUCCACACCAAAGCGCUCCUCUCCACCAUCAACUAUCUGAACACAGCCGUACCCCAGGAGCUGACAGCCUCCAAGGACAGAGAGGCCAAGAAACAGGUGGAGAAGGCUGGACAGGGGAAGACAGUGUCGAAAGGAGCAAAAAACAGCAAUGUGACAAACUUCAAACUGUCUGCUAAGCUGGGUUCAUUCCGUGUGGAGGUGUGUGAUGACCGGCGGAACAUCGCUGACAUCACAAUACAAGGUAUUGAUGGGUCGGUGCUGGUCCAGGCCAAAGAGACAAUGCUGUUUGCCAGGCUCAGGGACAUAGUGGUGCUGGAUGUCGACCCCAAAACCAUCCACAAAAAGGCCGUCUCCAUCGUGGGCGAGGAGGUGUUCAGCUUUCAGAUGUCCCUGUAUCCCAACGCUACGGAGGGAGAAGGUUACUCAGACACCUCCAAGGUGGACGGGAAGGUUACCAUGAGGCUGGGCUGCAUCCAGAUCGUCUAUCUGCACAAGUUCCUUAUGUCUCUACUGACAUUUCUGGAUAACUUCCAGACGGCCAAAGAGGCGGUGAGUGUGGCCACGGCCCAGGCAGCAGAGAAGGCGGCCUCCAGCGUCCGAGACUUUGCCCAGAAGAGCUUCCGUCUCUCCAUGGACAUCAAGCUGAAGGCCCCUCUCAUCGUCAUCCCUCAGUCCUCCACCUCACGCAAUGCGUUUGUGGUGGACCUGGGGCUCAUCACCGUGGGCAACAGUUUCAGUCUGAUGUCGGCUGAAGGGUUCUCGCUGCCCGCUGUGUUGGACACCAUGGACGUCAAACUCACUCAGCUCAAACUGUCCAGGACCACGCUGAAACAAGGCUCCCCACAGACAGACAUUGAGAUCCUUCAGCCAAUCAAUUUAGAGCUUCUGGUCAAACGGAACCUGGCCUCUUCCUGGUACAACAAGAUCCCUGGAGUAGAGGUUCAAGGAAUGCUCAAGUCUAUGAAUAUGGCUCUGGGUCAGGAGGACUUUGGUGUCCUGAUGAAGACACUGAGGGAGAACAUCGGAGAGGGCAGCAAAGAGCACGUCAUGGAUGUCAAGAAACAAGGUAGAGACAAGGCAGAGCAGCACCAGCUGGAGGGGAAUGAGGUGGGAUGUCUACCUGUGGAGGCUGGAGGAGGAGGACAGCCUGCUGCUGUUACCAAUGCAGGAGGACUGGGAGAAAACAUCGUCAAUAUGCUGCUCAACCUGGAGAUUAAGGAGGUGGUUGUGAAGCUGAAGAAGUCCAGAACAGCCUCAGUGGUCAGUCUGUGA